AUGCUUCGCGACGCCACGAAUAAUAUCAGUCUUCGCGAUGAUUUUGCGUCGUCGUCGUCGUCGUAUAAAGAAGAAUUAGAAGGAACAAAACGAGGCGGGAAGAAUUUUGAAAAUAUUUCAGUUCUUCGUCGUAAAAGCGAGAGUAAUAGUAAGAGUAAGAGUAGUAGUGGAAAAAGCGACGAUGAUGAUGUGAGAAGAACGUUGGAAAAAGAUGAUGAGAAUGGUAUCGAAGAAGAAGAAGAAGAAGAAGAAGAUGUAUUAGCGAGAGAUUACACUCUAGAAUUACUCUCGGACGAAUUCAUCUCGGAGUUUCUCUUCGACCCGUCUUGUUUUGAUUCCAUGCGAGCAGAGUCCGAGAGAUGUUGCGGAAGCGCGUUGGAAGCGUUAUAUCCAACCAGCGUAAGACAGAUGAGUCGAGAGGGGUUGUUACAAGAGAAGAGCAAUUUGAAAAAAAGACUUCGAGCGUACGACGCGAGGUUGAUGAAAAUGAAUAACAUAGUCGCGAGCAAAGCGGAUAAAAAACACGCGAGGCCGUUGUACGCGAGAUUAGCUCGCGUGAAGCAGCAGAUAGAGUUACUGGAGAUUAGAGACGGGUUGGAGGUGUUGCCAAACUUGAAAGUCGCGGCGACGGGCACAGCGCACUAG